GCCAUUACACCACAUUAGACUGUAGGCUGCUGGUAAAGCGUACCAUUCACAUUUUCAGGCUAAGUUCUAAGGAACAGAUUUUUAAUCAAAGUCAAACAUGCGGUCCGUGGUUCUUCUGCUCCUCGGAGUUCAUCUCGCCAAUGCUGCGACCCAUUCCCUGCAAUAUUUCUACACGACUACCACAGGAAUCCCAAACUUUCCAAGGUUUGUAGAUGUGGGAAUGCUGAAUGGUGAAGUCAUCAGUAUGUAUGACAGUACAUCACAGAGAAAGAUCCCCAAACAGAAGUGGAUGGCUGAGAAUUUGGACCAGCAAUACUGGGAUAGUGGGACUGAGAACAUUAAGGGUACAGAGCAAGCUUUCAUGAACAAUAUCCAGGUGGCCAUGAUUCGCUUCAAUCAAACGGCAGGUGUGCACACAGUCCAGCUGAUGUACGGCUGUGAGUUUGAUGAUCAGACUGGAGAAACAAAUGGGUUUCGUCAGUAUGGUUAUGAUGGAGAGGACUUUCUGUUUCUGGAUCUGAAGGAGAUGAGAUGGAUUUCUCCAGUGAAGCAAGGAGCCCUCACUGUAGAUAAGUUGAACAAGGACAAAGCUGUUCUUGAGGGUCACAGAAAUUACUUCAGCACCGUGUGCAUCGAGUGGUUGAAGAAGUAUCUGGAGUAUGGAAAGAGCAGCCUGAAGAAAACAGUCUCUCCUCAGGUGUCUGUGCUGAAGAGGUCUUCUUCAUCUCAAGCUGUGUGUCAAGCUACAGGAUUUCACCCCAAAGAUGUAACAAUCUCCUGGAUGAAGAAUGACCAGGAGCAUCAUGAGGAUGUGGAGGUUGGACAACCUCUUCCUAAUGAGGACGGGACCUUUCAGAAGACCAGCACCAUCACAGUUACAGCUGAAGAGCUGAAGAAGAACCAGUUCAGUUGUGUGGUGGAGCACCAGGGUGAAACCUUCAGAGAGAUCCUGAAAGACGGUUCUCCUCCCAUCGGCAUUAUUGUUGGUGUUGUUGUGGCUGUGAUUCUGUUGGCUGUCAUCGGUGUCGUUGUGUUUAAAGUGUAUCAGAAAAAGAAAGGCUUCAAACCUGUCAAUGCCUCUGAUAAUGGUUCAAACAGCUCGGCUCGUACAGAUCCACAAGCAUAGAGAUGGGACUAGAAGUGUUGCAGAGAUAACGUCGAAAAUAAGAUGCUUAUCCUGCUGUCCAUCUUGCUUUCAGCACUGAACACAAACACUCAUACACACGCAGGAUCAUAUAUUUCUGAAAUAAGAUCCAUCUGUAUGUCUUAUUAAUUGGCAAUAAUUGAAAUAUUAAAAUGUUUUGCUUCUUCACACUUUUCUGUUCAUAUUUUUUUUUAUCUUAAUUUUAUGAGCUUGUUAAUUUAAGCUGUAGAAAUAUGAGGCAUUGAUCUAAGAAAUCUAAAUGGAAAAUGUAUGUAUUUCUCUUCAGUGACAAAAAAAGAAAGAAAGAAUACAAAUGAUUGAUUUGCAAGAUUGAUCUGUAGGUUUGUGAUAUCAGUACUAACACUGAAAAAGGUUAAAUGUGGUGAACCUGGGUGCAACAGCCUUUUCCAGCCGAAGAAGAUUCAUCUCUACAUUUAAAUGUUGUUUCUCUAGAAAGGAUUUCUGUGAUCAAAUAGUUUAUUAUACUUUUAUUUGCUUUAAAAAGACUUUAAAAUGGUCUAGAUUGUAUGAAUUGUGGAAUUGGUCUAUUUCAUCAAUUAAAUCAAACAACCAAUAUGUAGGCUUCAUAUUUUAUUCCUUGUUUGGGAUUUUGGGCUUUUUUUCUGUUUGUUUAUGUCAUUAUUUUUGUUUUAAAUCAUUUAGAUAAGAAGUUGAACUAUACAGUGAUAACUGAUUCUUGUUAAACAAUUGUCAAUGAAUCUGAACAGUACAGUAAAAUAUAGACAAUUUUCUUUGAGGUUUCUGUGCUGAAGUAAGGCACAUAUGUUUAUUUGUAUAUUGGUUACCUUCCAAAAGUUGUAAUGUUGUUUUGAUUCCCUAAAAAUAAAUAAACCUCAUAAAAAAAGA